AUGGCUUGUGUGAAAACUAUUUCAUACUCGGUCAUUGUGAAUGGUUCCCCUCUAUCUCCAUUCCCAGCAAAGAAAGUAUUAAGACAAGGAGAUCAUUUGUCUCCCUACUUGUUCGUGAUUGUUAUAGAGUAUCUCACAAGAAAGGGUAAUUUGAAAUAUGCUCAGCUACUUUAUCAAGCAUUUCAGUUAUUUUCAAGGGCUUCUGGGUGGGAGCCUAAUAUUGACAAGAGUUUUAUAUAUUUUGGAGGGGUUAAACAAGCUAUUCUGGCAGCUCUAGGGUUCACAGAAGGGUCGUUGCCCCUCAAGUACUUGGUAUUUGUCUUGCCAAAGAAAGUGAUCCAGGUGAUUGAUGCUACAUGUAGAACAUUUUUGUGGGCUGGUGGAUGUGAAAUAUCGAAGAGAUCACUUAUUGCUUGGGAGAGACUAUGUUUGCCUAGAGCUACUGGUGGGCUGAAUAUUCUUGAUGUAUACCAGUGGAAUCAUGCCGCAAUUGGUAAAUUAUGGAAUAUUUGCAGGAAGAAGGAUGCAUUAUGGGUUAAAUGGUGCAACUAUGCAACAAGAAUAUGGGGUAAACUACUGCAAUGGUUGGGAAUUGCCAAGCAAGUUCUGGACUGGAAGGCUGAAGUGGAAUGGGUUGUGGCAAAUGCUAAGGGGAAAACUGCCCAGUAG